AUGGAGGUAAAAUCUUCAGGAUACAGAGAUUUUGUGUGGGCAGUUAAUCUACAUCGUUUAGGUUUCGAAAUAAUGGGCUUGUGGCCUAAACCUGACAAAUGUUCCGAGAAAAGUUUGUGGCCAAAAAUUCGAGUUGGAAUUAUUGUUAUUUUAUUAAUAUUUGUUUCUAAUAUUCCAAUGAUAUGUGCAGUGAAGCGUGUUUGGGGUGAUAUGGUACUUGUAAUAGACAAUCUACAGACAACAUUACCCCUGUUGAUAGUAUCGAUGAAAUAUAUUAUCUUACAACGGAAACAAAGAGAUGUUUUGUCAAUUGUAAAUAUGAUGGCGGAAGAUUGGAUAGCAUUCAAGCUGAAUAAAGAAAGAAAUGUGAUGAUAAAACGAGCACGAACAGCACGAUUCAUUGUGAUAAUUGGAUAUGUUUUUGCGUUAAUAGGGUUUUUUACAAUAACCAUCGCACCUUAUUUUGACAUUCAAGCAACGUACGUAGGAAAUUCCACGGAUCGACGCAAACUGUUACCAAUAGAGACGUAUCACUUUUAUGAUACAAAUAAGAGUCCACAGUUCGAGUUGACAUAUCUUGUCCAAGUCAUAACACUUUCUCUAGCAGGUGUAAUUUAUACAUUAAUAGAUGCUUUUCUUGGGCUUGUAAUUUUUCACAUUUGUGGUCAGUUAGAAAAUUUUAGAUACCGAUUAAUUAAUUUACCUUCAUGCAAAAAUUUCAACAAAGUUUUAAACAACAUCAUAUCGACCCAUUUACGUCUUAUCAGGUAA